AUGGAAGAUGGUCAGACGCUCUUCGAUUACAACGUUGGUCUUAACGACAUCGUCCAGCUUCUCAUCCGCUCACAGACGGACCCCCCGGAUAGCCCCUCCCUCAACAACGGCGAGGGUGUGGCCUGUGCCGUAGCCCCGCCCACCACAGCAUCUGUCCCCGCCUCAGCCACACCCACCUCAACAGUCGUUUCCCCGGCAACCAUCGCCAACAGCAACGGAAACGGGUCCAACCCCUGUAGUCCGGUGUCUGACAGCGAGCCGUCCACAUCCAGCCGGACGCUCCUCAUCGAUCCCGGGAUCGGACUCUUCAAAGUGAAUGAGUUAGUGGACUGCAGGGACGUCAGCAUCGGCGCCUGGUUCGAAGGCGUGAUUGAGAAGGUCUCUCCUGCAUCUAAAGCACAGAACAGCAGAGCUAGGGUCGGCCGGCCCAGCAAACGCACUAACAACAAGCUGGAGCCGGAGACGAGCGCCGCCCCUUCAUCAUCAUCAUCAUCAUCCAGCACAGCGCUAAACUCAGACGGCAGCGAACCGUCAACGUCCAAAACGGAUCCGGCGCACGUCUCCUACCACAUUAAAUAUGAAGAUUAUCCGGAGAACGGCGUGGUGGAGAUGAGCGCGGGUGACGUGCGUCCGAGGGCCAGGACUCUGCUGCGCUUCGACCAGCUGCAGGUGGGUGAGCUGGUGAUGGUGAACUAUAACCUGGAGAAUCCCGAGGAGCGAGGCUUCUGGUACGACGCCGAGAUCGCGGCCCUCAACGCCGUCUCGCGCACCAACAAAGAGAUCCGCGUCAGGAUUCUGCUGGGAGGUGCAGGUGAUGUGAUUGGUGACUGUAAGCUGCAGUUUCUGGAUGAGAUUUACAGGAUAGAGAAACCUGGAGCGCCAGGACUGUCAGCGGCCGACGGCCCGUUCAAACGUAAGUCGGGUCCGGAGUGUAAGCACUGUAAAGCAGAUCCGGACACUGAGUGUCGUUUCUGCUCGUGUUGUGUGUGUGGAGGGAAGCAGGACGCUCACAUGCAGCUGCUGUGUGACGAGUGUAACAUGGCCUUCCACAUCUACUGCCUGACCCCGCCGCUGACCUCCAUCCCCGAGGACGAGGACUGGUACUGCCCCACCUGUAAGAACGACAGCAGCGAGGUGGUCAAAGCCGGAGAGAAACUCAGAACCAGCAAGAAGAAAUCCAAGAUGCCGUCAGCGACCACAGAGAGCCAGAGAGACUGGGGCAAGGGUAUGGCGUGUGUGGGCCGCACUAAAGAGUGCACAAUCGUCCCCUCCAAUCACUACGGCCCCGUUCCCGGCGUUCCCGUGGGAACCACCUGGAAGUUCCGUGUUCAGGUGAGCGAGGCGGGCGUCCACAGGCCUCACGUCGGUGGGAUUCACGGACGCAGUAACGAUGGCUCGUACUCGCUGGUGCUCGCUGGAGGAUUCGAGGAUGAAGUUGACCGGGGCGAUGAGUUCACCUACACCGGCAGCGGAGGUCGCGACCUUUCAGGAAACAAGCGUAUCGGCGAGCACUCGUUCGAUCAGACGCUCACACACAUGAACAGCUGCUUGUCUGUGUUUGUUUGUGUGUCUCAGUAUCCUCCUGGUUAUCUGGAGGCCAUGGCCAAUAAGACGAAGCGCGAGGCGACGGUGCGAUCGGUGGGCGGCUCGACGCGUGGCAGGAAGAGAGGACGACCCCGAACCACACGACCGUCCAAGAGAGUCCAGGAGGAAGAGGAGGAGAAACCAGCGGAGAACACUGAGGAAGAGUUGCAGAGCAACGGCAGCGCAGACGCUCACGAAGAAGAAGAGGAGAACACAGGCGUGUGUGAGCCGCAGGAGGAGCCGCAGGUCAAGCGUCUGAAGGAAGUCGAGUCGUUCGUUCUGUCAGAGCAGCAGCGGAAUCUGAUACAGGACGACGAACCCAACAGGAAGCUGUGGGACGAAGCGCUGAGCUUCCUGUCGGAGGGACCGAACUUCCUGCGUAAGGUGGAGCAGCUGUUCAUGUGUGUUUGCUGUCAGGAGCUGUCCUUCCAGCCCGUCACCACCGAGUGUUCACACAACGUCUGCAAGAUGUGUCUGCAGCGCUCGUUCCGCGCCGAGGUCUUCUCGUGUCCCGCCUGCCGUCACGAUCUGGGCAAAGACUACGUCAUGACCCUCAACAAAACCCUACAGCUGCUCCUGGAUCAGUUCUUCCCCGGAUACAGCAAAGGACGAUGAGUCUGAUCCACAA